AGUAUGUGUUUUUUUUAAAUAGUACAUAUUCGCAUUGUGACCCGUCAACCCGUCAACCCGUUGCGUACCUGGACUCCACCGCGGCCGAUUCAAAAGCGAAGCCGAAGCAGUUCCAGUUCGUCCCCACUCACCCCAGCCAGCCUCCCUCACCUCACGCCUUCCUCGCUCGCAGCCACGACGCAGCAAACCACCACCACCCUGCCUUCGCCGCUGCCGCCAUGGAUGGCGACGCCCAUGCAGGCGAAGGCAAGCCCCUCGCGGACGGCUUCCUCCGCUUCCUCCUCCCGGCCCCCAAGCCCCGCCCCGCCGCGCCCUCCGCUCCCGCGCGCCUCGUGCCGCCGCACCGCCUCAUCGCGCCCCCGCUCCCGACCCCGCGCCUGCGACCAGAAGAACGCCUCCUCAUAGUCCCGCCCACGCGGCCCGACUGGCUCCCACUGCCCUCUCCGCGCUCUCCGCCUUCUGCCCCUUCACCGGGCACGGCGGCGAAGCCGCGGCCUUUCCCGCCGCGGAGCGAGCCAUGGACGCGCGAUGCGGGUCGCUUCGUUGGGAAUGGAAACUGCGCGACGGGGAGGAGCUCCGCGGCGUUCCUCGCGAAUGGACGCCGCACUGGUUUUCAGAGGCCUAAGGCGGCGGCGCCUCAGAAGGAGAAGAAGGCGUGGGUCGCCGUGGAGAAGAAAGACGAGGAUGCCGGCGACAAGGUUCGAGCGGUGGUGAGCGAAGGAUAUUCGAGUAGGGAUGAGGGGGGUGUUGAUGUCGAGGAACAACUCGAACUGGAGAGCGAGCCGGAGCGCGGUGGUCAUCGCCGGCUUCUCGAUCGGGAAGACAACGUGAAGAAUUCUCUUGCCAUGGCUGGUAAUCAGGAGUGUCCUGACAAAGGCGGCGGCGAGCGGCCAAGCGAGCACCUCAUGUCUCAGUCGAAUCAAGCACCGCGCUUUCAGAGUAGAAUGCGCAGAUGGCAGGUGGAAUGCCGCCACGACAUUGAUAACUUCACUCCUGGCUUGCUCGCGCUCUACGAGUCCCUGAAGCCAUCAGAGGAGCACAAGUCCAAGCAGAAGCAGCUUGUGGACUCCCUGGCUAAGUCUGUCAGCAAAGAGUGGCCCAAUGCUCAGCUUCAUCUCUAUGGAUCAUGCGCCAAUUCGUUUGGAACAUCUCACAGUGAUGUUGAUGUUUGUCUUGAAAUGGAGAUUGGCACCGCAAGCACGGCUGAGGUUCUUUUGACAUUAGCAGAGAUAUUGCGGAACGACAAUUUCGAGAAUGUGGAGGCAAUUACCAGUGCUAGAGUUCCGAUCGCAAGGAUGUCUGAUCCAGGGAGUGGCUUUUCUUGUGACAUAUGCAUCAAUAAUUUCUUUGCUGUUGCUAACACAAAGCUUCUCAAGGAUUAUGCCCAGAUAGAUCAGAGGUUGCUUCAGCUGGCCUUUCUUGUAAAACAUUGGGCCAAACUGAGGGGUGUGAAUGAAACAUACCGUGGAACCCUCUCUAGCUAUGCGUAUGUUCUUAUGUGUAUUAACUUCUUGCAGCUACGAGAGCCGAAGAUUCUACCAUGUCUGCAGGUAAACCAACCAAUUAUUUGCAUUCAACCCAUUUCAGUUUUAAACCUUAUUUCUUUUCUAUUUGAUGGUGGAGUGCUAUGCUCAAUUCGCCCUGGAUUUCCACCAUUUGGCACUCCCUUCAUAUGCAUGCUUCUUUUUGGAUGGCUCGCUCAUCAUUCAACUAUGGCCAUGGAACCAACAUAUACCCUGAAUGUUGAUGGCACAAAGUGCACAUAUUUCGAUGAAGUUCAUCAACUCCACGAUUUUGGUGCUGAAAACAAGGAGAGCAUCGCGCAACUGCUCUGGGCGUUCUUCCGCUACUGGGCAUUCCAUCACGAUUACAGGAACGACGUCAUCUCCGUCCGCUUGGGGAAGACGAUCAGCAAGCAGGAGAAGAACUGGACGACCCGCAUUGGAAACGACCGCCAUCUAAUGUGCAUCGAGGAUCCAUUCGAGACCGGCCAUGAUUUAGGCCGUGUGGUUGACAGGCAGACGAUCAGGAUUCUCAGGGAGGAGUUUAAGCGAGCUGCUGCCGUGCUGCAAUAUGACGACGACCCCUGCGUUACUCUUUUCGAACCCUAUGAUUACGAACUUUGAUCAACAUAAAGCAACUGACCUGAAACUCAGAUAUCAGUUCACCCAACCGCAGAAAGGAGUUAGCAUUCAGAUAAGAAACUCUUUUAUUUGGUAACAAAAAAACGACUGGUUGCAUUCAGAAAAGAGGACAUUGUGUUAGGUGCAUUUACUUGUCAUAAUAAGAGUAUAAGAUUCUUUAUGAUACGUUUCAGAGAGAACGAUCGCAAGGACCGUGAAGGACGUACUGUAGCUGCAGGCUGCCAUGAGUCACUCGCACUUUCACGUUCUAUGCGCCGCACUCCUGAAAAGGCAAGUCAAUUAUCUGAUUUGGGGGAGAUGCCAACACUGAUGGCAUCAACUGUAUUUAGUUACAACUGGAAACGCCGGAAGUGGCCAGCUUUGCAAAUUUGCAAAUUCAAUUUCCCAGAUUUCUGAACAACUUCAAUAAUGUGAACCAUCUUGUAUUUUUUAACAUUUAACAAAAAGAAAUUAAUCGCUUUGUAAGGCUCA